AUGGCGACCGGCCUCACGCUCCAGACGGCCAUCAAGGGCGCUCCCGAGUCUACCGCCAUCAUCGUGCCCGGGAAGCCAGCCUUGACCGUCACAUAUAAGGAUCUCGUGUCGGAGACGGCCUCGUUCCGGGCGAAGCUCGCGGCCAUCGGCAUCACACAAGGAUCGCCCGUCUCCAUCGCGAUUGUCAACUCAUAUGAGUUCAUCGUGUCUUUCCUGGCCGCCUCGUGGCAGCGGGCCAUCGCCGCCCCUCUGAACCCGGCCUACAAGCAGGACGAGUUUGAGUUCUACAUCGACGAUGUCAAGUCAGCCAUCGUCCUCGUCCCAAGAGGCGCCUACCAGAGCGGCAGCCCGGCCGUCAAGGCCGCCCAGAAGUUCAACGCCGCCAUCGCCGAAUGCUACUGGGACGCGGCCAAUAAAGAGGUCGCCCUCGACGUCAAGGAGCUCGGCCAGCUCCAGGGCAAGCCCAAACAGCCAGUCCUCACGCCCCGACCGGACGACGUUGCCCUCGUCCUCCACACCAGCGGCACCACCUCCCGCCCCAAGGUCGUGCCCCUCUCCCACCGCAACCUCACCCGCACCAUGCACAACAUCCAGCAGACCUACCAGCUCACCCCUUCCGACCGCACCAUGCUCGUCAUGCCCCUCUUCCACGUCCACGGCCUUCUCUGCGGCCUCCUCGCCCCUCUCCUCUCGGGCGGCUCCAUGAUCGUGCCCACAAAGUUCUCCGCCUCCGACUUCUGGCGCGACUUCAUCACCCACAAGGCGAACUGGUACACGGCCGUGCCCACCAUCCACCAGAUCCUCCUCAAGAACCCGGUCCCCUCCCCACUCCCGCCCAUCCGCUUCAUCCGCUCCUGCUCCUCCCCGCUGUCCCCAACCGUCUUCCACGCCCUCGAGAAGACGUUCAACGCCCCCGUCCUCGAAGCCUACGCCAUGACUGAGGCAGCCCACCAGAUGACCUCCAACCCGCUCCCCUCGGUCGGCCGGCGCAAGCCCGGCACCGUCGGGUUCGGCCAGGGCGUCGAGGUCGUCAUCCUCGACGAGGCCGGCAACCCCGUGCCCCAGGGCAAGGAGGGCGAGAUCUGCAUCCGCGGCGAGAACGUCACGUCCGGGUACCUCAACAACCCGUCCGCCAACGCGGCUGCCUUCACCAAGGACGGCUACUUCCGCACCGGCGACCAGGGCAAGAAGGACGCCGACGGUUACGUCAUCAUCACCGGCCGCAUCAAGGAGCUCAUCAACAAGGGCGGCGAGAAGAUCUCCCCCAUCGAGCUCGACAACGUGCUCACCCGCCACCCGUCCGUGAGCGAGGCCGUCAGCUUUGCCAUUCCGGACGAGAUAUACGGCCAGGAUAUUGGCGUCGCCGUCGUCUUGAAGCCCGGCGUGAGGUUGUCUGAGGGGGAGCUAAAGAGCUGGGUGGCCGAGAAGAUGGCCAAGUUUAAGAUUCCCAAGAAGGUGUACUUCACCGAUGUCAUGCCUAAAACGGCCACGGGCAAGAUCCAGCGGCGCAUCGUGGCCGAGACUAUGCAGAAGCAGGAGGGGCGGUCCAAGCUAUGAGCUCCUUACAAGUACGGAAUACAGGGCUAAGGGCUGAACUGUUCUGCCGAAUAAAUAUCGGGCAGUGUAGAAUAUCGCCAUCUCACCAGAUCUAGGUAGGCCGGCGUGUCGAUGCACGUGGUCUGUGUAUCUGUGUACAAACAGUGCGUCCAAAAGGACGUCGUCAAGCAAACCGCUGGCGAGGGGUAACUGAUAGACAUCCUCAGAUACAUGAAUAUAUAGAGAGGCUCCCAUAUAUCCCCGGAGCUGAUUCUUG